AGGAUCCCCUAUAGGAAUAUACUGAUAACUGUUCUCAUAAGGACGUGCACUGUUGUUAUAGGCUCUCAGCCAUCUGACAGAGAAAACACACCAGCAGGGCCACGUGACCUGUCCAGUAUGGAUAGGGGGAGGUCCUUCUCUUUGCAUGCAAAACGCAUGGAGCUAGUGAGAAGGAUCUUCAGCUUCCCUGGAGACUUACAGACGCAGUGAGAAGAUGACUCUGGCAGCCUAUAAAGAAAAGGUCAAAGAGCUCCCCCUGGUGUCUCUGUUCUGCUCCUGCCUGAGGCCACACACUGCAGAAAAAGCUACUUACAAAGCAGAAGACGCAGUGGACUUGGGCUGGUGCGUCAUCAAAGAUGUGGAGGUGAUUGAGAUAAACAAGCGGACAUCGGGCCAGGCCUUUGAGGUCAUUCUCAAGCCCCCUUCCUUUGAUGGCGUGCCAGAACUCAACACCUCCAUGCCGCAGCGCCGGGACCCUUCUCUGGAGGAAAUUCAAAAGAAGCUGGAGGCUGCCGAGGAGAGACGGAAGUGUCAGGAGGCUGAACUGCUAAAGCACUUGGCUGAGAAGAGGGAACACGAGCGUGUGGUGAUCCAGAAGGCAUUUGAGGAGAACAACAACUUCAUCAAGAACGCAAAGGAGAAGCUGGAGCAGAAAAUGGAGGCCAAUAAGGAGAACAGAGAGGCUCUUCUGGCUGCUAUGCUGGAGAGGCUGCAGGAGAAGGAUAAACACGCAGAGGAAGUGAGAAAGAACAAGGAGAUGAAAGAGGAGGCCUGUCGGUAGACAGAGUGAAGCAGCGGAGCCAAAACCGAAUGCUUCAGACUACAAGGUUUCUUUGUGGGGGGAAAUAAAUAAAUAAAAGACUUUAUAACAGCAACUUGAAUGAGUUUAGAAGUUAAGUUUCAAAUUUGAAUCUGUGCUGUAACAAUUCUGACCAAGCUGUACAAAGUUUAGCCAAUGCUUGAUGUUGAAAUUUCCUUUUUGCUUUUAAAAGAAAACAGAUGAGGGGGUGUUGUUGGGAUGAGAGACCGCCUCGGUACAGACACUUCAAGAGUUUGACAGCUUUGAUUUUUUUUGUAGCAGGAUUCAGUGAAAAAUUAAACUAGAGCCAUUUCUUUUCCACUGCAUUGUUCAGAAAGCAGAAAACUGCAAACGACUGAAUCAAAUUCUUAUAAUAACCAAGUUGCGCUUAAUUUUACUAGUUUGUCAGCAGCUCGGCUGAAGAUCGAUUUGGUCACUUGUUAGACUGAAAAUAUGGAAACAGCGAGUCAUAAUCCAAAUUGCUAACUAGUGAAUAUGCGGGGAAAAGAAUAAUGCUUCAAACUGGACUUGCACAAACCACCCCGGUUUUCUUCUUUUUCAGUCACAACAAAACCAACAUUUGUUCCAUUUCUGUGUCGGUUUCAGUAAAGAUGAAAAACAUAUUUCCAUUGUUUGUAAGAGGAGUUAAACGGAAAGAUGAAAUUUGUAAAGUGUGUGGGUUUUUUUGGGUUUUUUUGUUUUUGUUUUUGGACCGUUCCCAGGUUCUUUCUUCUCUUUAGCUGUUGUCUAGUUGUAGUUCGAUAACAUGCRUUUCUCAAAUUCAGAGCACUGAUUGCACUCUUUUUUUUCAUUAAGCACAUCUCUAAAGCACAUUUGGAUACAAGAGGAAUGGUAAUCACUCAGAAAAUUAACAAUAACAUCAGAAGAAGUCCAGGACUCWGUUCUAUUUGGUCAAAUUUACAACAAGCACUGUGUUUGCCUUGGUGCUCUGAUUGUUCAUCAUCCUAAAGGGAAUUGAAAAUAAAUAAAUAAAAGGAUGAAAUGUGCCCAAGUAAUUGAGUCAUACUGACUUCACAUUGACUUGACUGAAAUAUUUCAAUGUUUGUAUUGUAACUUGGAAGUUAUCAUGGGCUUUGUACUUGCUGUAACAAUGUGUUGCUGUUUAUCUUCAAGGAUUGUAUUUAUUUGGCAUGAUCAAUAAAAACAAAAAAAAACUUUAUUGAA